UAAACUUCUUUUCAGAGAGUUAAGGCCUCUUCCUUUUUUUAUCUCUCUGUGUAAUCUCUCAGUCUCACACUCCCCAUGAUCACUUGCAAAGCUUCAAGCUUCAAUUUCGAAACCAACCCAUCUCAUCAAAUUACGCUUAAAAGAUACCUACCAAGUUCACAAGCUAAGUGCCGGCCAUCUCAUAGAAGCACAGCGGUGUCAUGUUCUUCUUCUUCCGUUGGGGGGCUGAAAUGGAACACCAGAACCACAAAGGCAAGUCAAAGAGAGAAGAAGUCCCAGAAAGAGGAAGGAGAGGAAGGGGAAGGGGAAGGAGAAGGAGAAGGAGAAGGAGAAGGAGAAGGAGAAAGGAAGGUGCAUUGUGAAGUGGAAGUUAUUUCUUGGCGGGAAAGAAGAAUUAAGGCACAGAUAUUAGUCUAUGCUGACAUUCAAUCAGUCUGGAAUUCUCUCACUGAUUAUGAGCGACUUGCUGAUUUUAUUCCAAAUCUUGUUUGCAGCGGGAGAAUCCCUUGCCCACAUCCUGGGAGGGUAUGGUUAGAGCAGAGAGGAUUGCAAAGGGCACUCUAUUGGCACAUUGAAGCUCGUGUUGUCUUGGAUCUCCAAGAAUUUCCCCAUUCAGCCAAUAAUCGUGAACUACACUUUUCAAUGGUUGAUGGGGAUUUUAAAAAGUUCGAAGGCAAAUGGUCAUUGAGAUCUGGGACAAGGCAUGGAACAACAACAUUGUCAUAUGAAGUUAAUGUGAUGCCACGAUACAACUUUCCAGCUAUUUUUCUGGAGAGGAUUAUUGGAUCAGAUCUUCCUGUAAAUCUUCGAGCCUUGGCUUGUCGGGCAGAGAGAGAUUUUGAGGGGAACCAGAAGACAGGAAUUACAGAGAGUGAGACAUCCAAGACUGCAUCUACUUCUCCUGGAAUGGUUUUGGAUGGUGCUUUUCGUGAGAAGGAUAAACUGUCAACUGAAGAUUUAAAACAGAGUUAUCCCAGCUCAACUUUUGGUCCCAUGCUGCCACCUUCAAAUGAUUUGAACAAUAACAGGGGGGUGCUUGGAAAAGCUUGCAGAUUGGACAGGCGUUGCAUGGUGGAUGAAGUUCAUCUGCGCAGAUAUGAUGGCCUAUUGGAAAAUGGAGGGGUUCAUCGCUGUGUUUUUGCUAGCAUAACUGUAAAAGCUCCUGUUCGUGAAGUUUGGAAUGUUUUGACUGCUUAUGAGAGUCUUCCCGAGUUUGUUCCAAACUUAGCCAUCAGUAAGAUUUUAUCUCGAGAAAACAAUAAAGUUCGCAUUCUUCAGGAAGGAUGUAAGGGCCUAUUGUAUAUGGUACUUCAUGCACGUGUUGUUCUAGAUUUAUGUGAACACCUUGAACAGGAAAUCAGUUUUGAGCAGGUAGAAGGGGACUUUGAUUCAUUUGAAGGAAAGUGGAUUCUAGAGCAAUUAGGAAGCCACCACACGCUACUGAAAUAUAAUGUGGAGUCCAAAAUGCACAGAGAUACAUUCCUUUCUGAAGCUAUUAUGGAAGAGGUUAUAUAUGAAGAUCUCCCAUCAAAUUUAUGUGCAAUUCGAGACUAUAUCGAGAAAAGGGAAUCUAACAACUCUUCGGAAACAGAAGAACAUGGACAAUAUUCAAAAGAAUUGGAUUCAUCCAGAGGUGACAGUUAUUACGAGCACAGUAUGGCAGUUCAGCAGGUUUCUGAUGUCAGUAACCCAAAUUCACUUAAACAAAGACCCAGGGUCCCGGGAUUGCAACGAGAUAUUGAUGUUCUUAAAUCUGAGCUGCUGAAGUUCAUUUCAGAAUAUGGGCAGGAAGGAUUUAUGCCCAUGAGAAAGCAGCUUCGUUUGCAUGGUAGAGUAGAUAUUGAGAAGGCCAUAACACGAAUGGGUGGAUUUCGAAGGAUUGCGACAUUAAUGAAUCUCUCCCUUGCAUACAAGCACCGUAAACCAAAGGGAUACUGGGACAACCUUGAGAAUUUACAGGAAGAGAUUAGUCGAUUCCAAAGGAGUUGGGGAAUGGAACCUUCAUUUAUGCCAAGUAGAAAAUCUUUUGAGCGUGCAGGGCGAUAUGACAUUGCACGAGCUUUGGAGAAAUGGGGAGGACUUCAUGAAGUUUCUCGUCUCUUGGCUCUCAAGGUGAGGCACCCCAAUAGACAGGCAAAUUCUAUCAAGGAUAGGAAAAUUGAUAAUGUGGCAUCUAGUACUCAUGCUGAAGGUGAAGACAAGAUUCCAACAAAAGCUUAUGUAUCUCAGGAUACACAAAAAUGGCUCAUGAAAUUUAAAGAUUUGGACAUUAAUUGGGUUGAUUAAUUAUGUAACCUUCUAUUAA